UGGCUCCAGGGCUCCAUUUAUAUUCAUUCCGAAUAUUUCUCUGUACAUCUUGUAUCAUUAAUUCGGUCUAUAAGACUUAGCCUAAUAAAUUACUACUAAUUUUAUUAUUGUUCUAGCUCGUAGAGUUUUCGGCACAAUCACAUGCUCGCUCAAGAAACAGACGAGUCUAAUGCAGACAAUUUAACACUCUUGUUAGCCACGACAUUUAGCACAGCGGACAACCCAAGAAUCUUAAAAAGGAUAGUGCUAAAAAAAGAAGUUAGGGUGACAAACAAAGACGAGAAAGAAAAGUUGUUGAGUUGAGAGGCUGAAAGCUAAGAAAAUGGAAGGGAUAGAACACAAAAUAGUGAAGGUGAAUGGUAUAAACAUGCAUGUGGCAGAAAAAGGGAAAGGCCCUGUGAUUCUUUUCCUCCAUGGCUUCCCCGAGCUAUGGUACUCUUGGCGUCACCAGAUCAUUGCUUUGUCUUCCCUGGGCUACCGAGCUGUGGCCCCUGACCUGAGGGGCUUCGGUGACACGGAUGCCCCACAUCCAGUCACCAGUUACACGUGCUUCCAUAUACUGGGGGAUUUGGUUGAGCUCUUGGAUGUUGUUGCUCCGGACCAGGAGAAGGUUUUCGUAGUAGGACAUGACUUGGGCGCUUACAUGGCUUGGUAUUUGUGUUUGUUUAGGCCAGAGAAAGUGAAAGCUUUGUUGAAUUUGAGUGUGCCAUUCCUUCCAUUUACUCGACAAGUUAGACCCAUUGAUGGCUGGAGAGCUUUCUAUGGGAAUGAUUAUUACAUCUGCAGAUUUCAGGAACCUGGAGAAAUAGAGGCUGAAUUUGCUGAGAUUGGUACGCACAGAGUUGUCAAGGAAUUCCUAACAUACCGAGUUCCAGGUCCAAUUAUGUUAACCAAAGGCAAACUCUUCGAACAUUCAGCAGAUACCCCAAUUACGUUGCCUUCUUGGUUAUCAGAGGAAGAAGUUAACUACUAUGUCACUAAAUUUGACAAGAAAGGCUUUACCGGUGGAAUCAACUAUUACCGAAACGUUGACCGAAACUGGGAACUCUUGGCACCUUGGAGUGGUUGUGAAAUCAAAACACCAGUUAAGUUCAUUGUAGGUGAUCGAGACCUGGUUUAUCAUAUCCCUGGCCUUAAGGAAUUUAUUCACAAUGGUGGGUUCAAGAAAGCUGUACCACUUUUGCAGGAAGUAGUUGUAAUGGAAGGAGUUGGGCACUUCAUCAACAUGGAAAAAGCAGAUGAGAUUAACAAUCACAUCUAUGACUUCUUCCGCCAAUUGGAAUAACAUCAAAGCCAUGUCCCUUUAAGCUUUUGUAUGAUAAAAUUUGGCUGGGAUGAUCGCCUAGACUCAUCCAUGUCUUAAGAAGAUUAAUAUUCUUGGACUGUCAUGCUCUUGGAAUUAAUAAUUUCACAGAAACAAUGUUCGUCUUUUUUUUAUAUAAAGGAUCUAGAGAAAAAAUUUAUUGAGAUUAGAAUUUAAAUAUCAGAGAUAUUGAAUAUUAUUUUUUAAAAUUGGAUUAACUAAAUUAAGGAUAAGUUCAAUAUUUGCCUUUUUACCUAUAGUGAAACACAAAAUGGAAAAGGAUACCCAAAUUUCUUGCUCUGGAAUUUUUUUCCUCUGCAACGUUGAGAAAUUCUAGUCAUGAAUAUGCUAUGACUAGCUCAUUCAAAAGUAAACAUCCUCAAUGAGGUCCCCGAUGGGUGGACGUUAGCAUCUGCAGGAAAAAAUCAAAUCAAUUGCCACAUUUCAUCCAUCCACUGCCAGACGAGAAAAACAUCAAAAUAAAGUUUCGUUACUAUUACCCAAAAAAUAAUUUGAUGAAGCCUACCCGAGAGCACCAUACACUUAACAAAAUAUAUAUAUAUAUAUAUAUAUAUAUAUGAUCUCUGACGUUUCUGCAUUAUCCAUAUGAUUUUUCCUUUUUAAGCUUGAACUUUGGUUGAGCAAAUCUUUGAACUUAUUUCCGAGCUUGUAAAUGAGCUUUGGUUGAAACGUGCAAGCACAUGAAAAUACAAUGCUAAACAGAAAAAUGAAGUAAA